UCUCUUGCUAGUUUCUGUCGCCGUCGCAACACAAACUAAACUGAGCUACAACAGUCAUCCUUGGACAGGGACCCUUGGACAAUGACCCUUGAAACCUAGACCUCUGAUUCUUUCUCUCUUGGUCGGCGCCCAACACCAACUUCACAUCCACGCUUUACCACGGUGCAGAAGGCAGGCCUGCACAUCAGCACCAACCUCAGGCAGUCAGCGGAGCAACGAGGAACGCUUGCCGACUUGUACGAGCCAGUCGGUCCAAAAUUGCUGGCAUGUCAUCUUGAAACAUUCAUUACCUUUUUGUCACAUCUCUCUGGUUUGUCUGGCCUCUGCUAAGGCAUUGGCUCAGUCAAGAUGCCCCAGGUCGAUGCCACCCGCAACUACUACAACGACCUUGGCGUCACAUCGUCGUCUUCGGCGGAUGACAUCAAGAAGCAGUACAGGAAACUAGCAAUGCAAUGGCACCCUGACCGAAACCGUGGAAGCGAAGAGGAAGCUUCUAAGAAAUUUCAGAUCAUCCAGGCAGCUUUUGAGAUCUUGACCGACCCCACGCUCAAACGACAGUACAACGAAGCCCGCAACAAGGCCAGCUCGAGAUUCCCGACAUCGUCUGGAACGAGAGGAAACCCAUGGGCGAACGCAGGCUCAGACUUCCCUCCCCCACCGAGGCGAACUGGUGCCAACGCGGGUGCAGCAUCAGCAUCGGGAGCAAGAACAACGCCUCGUCCUCCCCCAGGUGCUGCUAGGUAUAGCAAUUGGGGCACAGGAACGACCCCUCGAGCAGCCAAGACAGCUCCGAAGGACGAUCCUGCGUCCGCAAAAGCACAUUACGACGCCUGGACUAACAUGCGUUCUAAUAACAACGCGAAUGCUCCACGAAAGCCACCUCCGACGCCCGGCCGUCCUCCUACAUCUGCCACACGGGAGUCCAAGACUACAGACUCGGAAGGAAUACCAAGAACUGCUUCUCAAAAACAGAAGGCGCAAGCAUCAUUUGGCAACAGCGCGAGACGAACCGGCUUCACGCCGCGAUCUCCGGGUUUGGGAGACGAACCACCCGUCACUAACAACAACUACUCUACUACCAGGACUCGCCCAAAUAUCUUCCCUGAUGACGCCGCUAGCACAGCACAGCAGAACCGCCACACAUCAGCCAUGCCCGACCCUCUGGCACAGUUCAGAGAAAGUAUCGACCUCAACCGUCACAGUUCACCUUAUGCGACACCGGGUGGAGAGAAGACAAGUCUCUUUGGCGAUGGCUUGAACAGAGCUAAAAGCACACGAGAAACUGGUCGAACCCCCGACAACCAGGAUGCUGCUCCAUCAUUCCCCUUUCCCCGCCAGAGGAGUAACAGCACACCCAAAAGUUCAAACAACAAUGGUGGUUCCGAGGCCCCUACCACGGCCAACGCGGCCAACACGGGAGUCAAAGGUGACAGUACACGACCCACAGCUACCAACGGAUCAUCCUCAAAAUUUAGCGAUCGAUACAGACCCAAUUCGACUGAGCCUUCUCAGUCGCAAGCCGGUCCCGGUGCCACUUCAUCUGCGACCCAUGGUGCGACAACACAGUCGCCUGCCGGCUCAACAAACUUCGGUUUCACUGGUGCCCCAAGCACACCCGGGAAAAGAUUUGCGAGCUCCAGCGCUGAAAACAUCAGCACCACGUUCGUCGAUGAACAGCCGGAGGCUUGGGAGUUCACGGCCGGUGGUCCUCCCACUGAUGAUACUCCCAUACCUUCCAAGUUGAACCGAACGCAGUCAGGCAGCCGUCUCGGGCGUCGAUCACCCACAAGAAUACACAGGCGACCUGUGCCUCCUGUGCCAAGCGCAGACUCAAUACCUACCGUCAACGGGGAGUCGAAUACCAAUCCAACGACUGGUUUCUCAGCUGAAAAGUGGGGUGAGAAGAUAGGAUCUGUACACUUCGUCCCCCAACCCAGUACGAGCGCUUCGGCUUCUCCUACUAGACGGAGUAAUUCGAGGAAGAAUUCUAAACCCGUCAAAGUAACCCGCGGCGGUUCUGCUGGGAUAGUUGACGAAGACGACGAGAUCCCCAUUGCGGCAGCUGGUUGGCAACACAGUCCCAAGCCUCCAUCGGGCGCGCAGAGCCCGAUGGCUAUGGACAUUGAUACGCCACCUAUCGUCAGAGAACCCGAAGCCUCAGGGCGUUCCCGCUCAAGUGAUGCCCGGACGAUUCCGGUGGAGCCUACCAGGCCCGAAUGGAGAGCUGGCGAUGUGGACGGAAAUGCUCCAGUCCUACCACAACGUCCUGCUCUCUCCGCGGAUACUGCAGGCAAUGGAGCUACUCAGUCCAAGUCAGCACCAUCUACUGCUCACCCGUACAUCGCGCAGAACGGCGGCUCCGAGGACUCAGAGGAAUUCCGAGCAAACUUUGCCGAUUUCAAGAAGGUCGAGCCAUUCACUGACCCUCAACCUACUGGUCUACAGUCUUUCGCCGACUUGAAGACGACCCUGCCAUUUGAAAGUAGGGCCUCGGAUCAAAUUCCACUGGGCAGAGUCCAGACUGUUCCCCAUCUUGAUUUUCCGACGGCGCCAGUUGCUCCGCGACUGCCGCCUACAAUGGCUGUUCCCGGUCUACGACCCAGCAAUGCCCAAUGGAGGAAAUAUGCGCAGGACUUCUACAACUACAUGGAAAAGUGGGAGGCUUUCAACGAGAAGGUUUUAACUCACUUUGCAACGCGUCAAAGUGAGAUCGGUAAACGUCACCGACAAUUUGGUCGUGGCUGGCUCGAAGGUGCUCAAGGUGUCGACGGUGCGAGUUUGUACCAGGCCGAGCUUGAACAAGACCACGAUGUGCGUAAGCAGUGGACGAGGACUUGCGAUGAGCAUCAGCAGCGGGUACGUGAAUUCGUGACUUUCAGAGACCGGGCCAAGUAGGUCUUGCUGUCCGAGUCACAUCUGGUAAGAGACUAUCUGUCACUCCCGACGCCGGCUUUCACUGCAUGGAGCGACCGUGAGAGUCAUCACUAGGCUCAAAUGUCGCCGAGCCAUGUCUUCUUCUUCUUCUUUUCUUUUUCUUUUUGGU